CAGCCCUGUUAAGUGUCACGGUCUUUCCUUGAUCUGGCAGCACUAGGAGAGUAGCCAUUUUUCUUUCUUUUUCCUCAGCCUUACGACCGCGUGGACGUCGAUAUAUUAGAAGGAAUCUUAACGCACCAAGAUGACGAACUCCAAAGGAUAUCGCCGCGGCACCCGAGAUAUGUUCUCUCGCCCAUUUCGGAAGCAUGGUGUUAUUCCCUUGUCGACGUACAUGCGCGUUUUCAAAAUAGGAGACAUCGUCGACAUUAAGGGUCACGGGGCAGUUCAAAAGGGCCUUCCAUACAAGGCCUACCAUGGCAAGACUGGUCGUAUCUUCAAUGUAACACAACACGCCGUUGGAGUUAUUGUAAACAAACGGGUGCGCGGCAAGAUCCUUGCCAAGCGUGUUAACGUACGCAUUGAGCACAUUCACCACUCCAAGUGUCGGGAGGACUUUCUUCGCCGCGUCAAAGAGAACGAGCGCUUGUUGAAGGAAGCUAAGGAGAAAGGCCAGUGGGUUACUCUAAAGCGGCAGCCGGAGCAACCAAAAAAGGCCCAUUUCGUAAAAAAAUUGGAGGAGCCCAUCGCUUUGGCUCCGAUUCCAUAUGAGUUUAUUGCCUAAGUGUUUUGGAAGCAAAUUGAUAACUUUGUAAUUGUGUAAAGCGGUUUGUUCAUUUUGAAAUGAAUUAAGUUUCUUUACAAUUGACAAAA